UCGAGAUAUCUUCUACAUUGGAAUCACGACAUUAAAACGAAAUGGCAUUUAAGAUCUUCGUACUCUCCGCCCUUGUGGCCACUGCCAUCGCCAGUCCUCAAACCUACGGCUACGGGGCUCCUGGUCCUGAUUUCGGACCAGCCAAGUACGACUUCAACUACGCCGUCAACGACCCACCAUCCGGCAACGACUUCGGUCACCAGGAGUCUCGUGAUGGAGACUUCACUCAGGGUUCCUACUUCGUCCGCCUUCCCGACGGUCGCCUGCAGACGGUCAACUACAACGUGGAAGGAGAUUCCGGCUUCUUGGCUGAGGUCAGCUACGAGGGUCAGGCCCAAUACCCAACCCAGCCACGUGCCUACACACCUGCCCCUACCUAUGGUUAAACCAUGAUAAUCAUAUUUAUUAACAGGCGACUUUUGUACACAUCGAAAUAUUAAUAAAACAAUGAAUUAU